GUCCUUUUGUUCUCUACUCCUACUUCUGCCACCCCCAUCUUUCUCAACUUCCCAUGCAAGCCAGUCAAUCUGGCGGGACGUCCAAACUCUUGGACGCCCUCAAUAGCUUUCACGAUCCAUCUCCAGGAGGACCUAAUGUACCUCUUGGCAACGGGGUUUCGAAUUCAGUCACCCCAGAACUGCUUCAUCAUGCCCGAAGGGAGCAAAUGAAGCAGCAGUUGAACUUGGGAUCGAGUUCAGAUGAAGACCUUUCGCUUCUCCUCGUCGAUCCCCCAAUGCGAGGGAAAUCGGCUGUGCAUGCUAAAGUGGCAGGAGGAUUUAGGUUGAAUUAUGACGAUGAAACGCUUAUUCGAAGUAUUGACAUCGGUGGUGCGGACCAGGCACAAAAAAUAUCCGAGUUCGUCACCAAGGGGAUCAAUAAUGCCAGUCAUGGCAUUACUGUGAAGAUCGGUAUGGAGGAACUAGGUCUGAAAAGUCCACAAGAUAUUCUCCCCGGUCUUGAUGUGCGCCUUUUGCGACACCAGAUGAUUGGUGUGGCUUGGAUGCUGCGGAAAGAAAAGAGCGACGACAAGGGCGGAAUUCUAGCUGAUGACAUGGGUCUAGGAAAAACCGUUCAAAUGAUUGCGACCAUGGCAAUGAAUCCGCCCGCUAUUGAUGAGAAGGAAACCAGUCAAACUACUCUGAUCGUAGUCCCAGCAGCACUUUUACAGCAGUGGAAGGAAGAAAUAGAUACAAAGACUAAUGGUAUCAUGACGGUCCAUGUCCAUCAUGGAAAGGACAAGUUGAAGAAAACAUCAGAAGUCAGAUCAAAAGACGUCGUGAUUACGACGUACCAAACCCUUUGUAUGGACUUUGGGCUUCCGAAAAAUGUAGAAGAUGGUAUGGAAGAGGAGUGGCUGGCCCAGCACGGCGGAGUCCUCGCUCGUACCAAGUUCUAUCGGGUCGUUGCUGACGAGGCUCAGUACAUUCGUAACCGCGCAACGCGUGCUUCUAUUACUAUGACUUUAGUCAAGGCGAAACAUCGAUGGAUGCUCACGGGAACUCCGGUAACGAAUUCCCUUGCGGAUAUCUACGGUCUCCUGCGGUUUGGCAGGUUCAGACCCUGGAAUGACUGGAAUUCUUUCAAUUCCCAUGUGUGUCGAGUACAAUCGGAAGAUGCGCUCCUUGCGGGAAACCGUACACAGACGAUUCUCGCACCAGUACUAAUGCGGCGAACCAAAGACUCACAGUUGGAGGGAGAGCCUUUAUUGAAGCUGCCUCGGAAGCAUAUAGAGAUCGUCAAAUUACAGUUUUCUGAUGAUGAACGUGAUUUAUACGACAAUUUCGAAGAUAGGUCGAAGGAUCGUAUCAACAAGUUCAUCAAAGAGGGCACACUAUUGAAGAACCAUGCCUUCGUCCUGGUCCUUAUCCUCCGUUUGCGUCAGAUGUGUUGCCAUCCCAACUUGAUUUUGGCUCAGGCAGAAGAAUAUGACGACCCCACUAUGUUGUUGGCGGGAGACGCUGAUAAAGAGCGUGCAAGGGCCAUCAAAUCCAAAGGUAGAGAGUGGGUAGAGACAGUCAAAGAAAGGUUUCUGAAACGAUCAGAAACCAAGGUACUCUCCACUUACUCGGAAGACGGAGAGACUUCUGGGUCGACAUGUCCUCGGUGUGACGAACCAUUGCUGAAAGUAAACGGCAGGAUAUUGGAUUGUGGACACGAAAUCUGCGCUGAGUGCGCGGAAGAUAUAAGGAAUGCUUCUAUGGACCAUAAUGGAAUUUUUGGUUAUGGGUCCGAGAAAGAGAACAUAGAAGCCGAAAGGCGUUUUGAGCAAGCGAACGCAAAAGGAUAUCGUCCAUGCCCAACCAACGGAUGUAACCGGAUCCUCGAUAUGGCUCCUGAGAAGUUAUUCAAAUCUAUCGCGUUUGAACCUACCGAAGACGACUUCAAGAAACUCGCAGAAGCUAAACGAAAAGCCCGGCAACUCAAGAAGAGGAUUGCUGUUCAAUACGGAUCCUCGGAGGACGAAGGCUCGGAUUUCGGUAGUAAAGGGAAAACCUUCGCGGAGCGUGGCCUGGACGACACUGACGACGAUUUACCUGAACUUGGUUCCGUUCUUGCCCCGCCACCGCCCGUGAAGAAGCGCAAGGUUAGUGGUGGUAAGAAAAAGAAAGGACAGAACGAUGACGACGAGUUUAAUUCGACGAUGGAGGACAUUACCAGACCUCGGCACGAUGAAUCCUCUACGGAUGAAAGCGACACGGCGAGCUUUUCAAAGCGCAAGAAAUCCUCCAAGUCGAAGCGAGCUGGUAAUGUCAAGCCUAGCAUGGCUAAGCAGUUUGGCAAGGAUAGGGAAACUCUUCUUGCGACAUGGGCAAAGGGCGACGAUGAUCUGGAACCCAGUGCAAAAAUGAUCAAGCUCAUUGAAUAUGUGAAGGAAUGGGAGGAACUCGGUGAUAAGACAAUCUGUUACUCUCAAUGGACAUCCAUGCUGGAUCUUGUGGAGACGUUGUUCUUGCGUUAUGGAAUACGAAUUGUUCGGUUUGAUGGAUCCAUGGACAGGACUUCUCGAGAACAUGCCUUGUCUGUUUUCAAGUCUCCUGUUGGUCCCAAGGUCAUCCUCAUCAGUACGAAAUGUGGCGGUGUUGGCUUGAACCUGGUCGCCGCCAACCGUAUUGUGAACAUGGACCUUUCGUGGAAUUAUGCGGCGGAAUCUCAAGCUUAUGACAGGGCGCACCGAAUAGGACAAGAAAAAGACGUCUUCGUUAAGCGGCUCGUGGUCGAGAAUACUAUUGAAGAGCGGAUGCUCAAGCUCCAGGAGGUCAAAGUUGGGCUCGCCGAAGUAGCAUUGGGCGAAGGAAGCGGUACCAAGUUGACCAAGCUUAGUAUGAAGGACAUUAAAUUUUUGUUUGCCAUGAAUAGUGUGGCUCCUAACCGGGCCCAGGCUAGUGGGAGCCAUACGGCAUUGGGCGGAAGCAGGGUAAAUUCAGACGAUGAAGGCGGAACUGACUGAUUGUUAUUAGACUAUUAUGGCUGUUUCUCUCCUUGACAGUGCGCUCAUGCUAUAAUGUAUCAAACAACUCCUAUGUGGUUACCUUACCUUGGGUUUGCUUGACGCCGACGUACG